AUGAAGAGCUCUUUGUUGCCGUGGGUGGCCUUCGCCGUCUCCUUGGAGUUCGUCCUUGUGGCAGGUACUCUACAGGACUAUGAUGGUGAGGAGCGCGUGCUGGUGAACAACAAGUGUAAAUGCACAACAGUGACCUCAAAGUUCGUCCCCUCCAAAGAAAAUCCUGAUGAAGAAAUCCUGGAAAGAAACAUACGCAUCACUGUCCCACUCAGGAGCCGACAGAACAUCUCUGACCCCACAUCCCCGCUCAGAACCAAUUUUGUCUACCGCAUGGCCGAACUCUGCAAAAAAUGUGAUCCUGUAGAAGUUGAGCUAGGUGGUGAGAUAUACGAGGCCCAGCAGAGCACCUCCUGCAACGAGCCAGAAACCUGCUACACCUACAACAGGGACAAGUGCUACACCACAACCUUCCCAUUCAUCUACCGCGGGGAGACCAAACACAUUCAAGCAGCUCUGACACCAGCAUCCUGCUAUGCUGAUUAG